AUGCGGCAGAGAUGGGUUGCGGAAAAGGCUGUCUGGGAGAUCUAUUGCACUGGCAACAUCAAACCUUUCGAAGAAGUCUGGAUACCAGCAGACCUUGCCAACAACCAGAUCAAUUCUUCUCUGUCAUUGACCGGACACGUGUCCGGAGUUGCAGCAUCGGAUCAAAACACUUGCUCUGAGGAUUCCGAAAUCGAAACCGACGAUUCAUUCUCUGACUGUCUUGACAUGCCAUCGCCAGAUUCAUCGGACAGCCAGAGCACCAUCGCAUCAAACGCAUGGGAUUUCCGUGACUGGCAGGUAGAACCACGAUUUCGCUAUCGGAGUCCUGUUCUUGAAGGAUGGGUAGGACAUCUCUAUCUCGAACCAACAUACACCGAUCAACUUCCUUCGCCUUUUAAUGACUUGGUCACUCCUGAUCAAUUAGUUGAUAACCGUAUCUCUCUCGAUCAAACAACUGUCGGUCUAUUCACUCCUGACCUUGGUCCAGACUCAUCGAACGAGAACUUCCGAUUCCAUGGUCUUUACGACGAUGAUUCGGUUUCGACGGUAUCCGAGCCAGAUAUGGACAGCUUGAGGGAUGGGGAAGAGGAUGUUUGA